AUGAGCACUGAUGAGAAAGUAUUAUUAAUUCGAUCUAAAGUCAAUUUGGUGCAAUUUGAAAAUCCCAUAUUGAUAUCCAACAACAACCAGACUAAACAAGAUUCAAAUUCUGUUAAAAACAAUGCUCGUCCAAUAGAAUCUGGUGAUGAUGCGGAUGAAUGUGAACGACAGAGUUGUGAUGACGUUUUGAACAGCAUAUUACCACCAAGAGAAUGGGAAAAAGAUGGUAAAAAAUUUCGUCAAUGUAUAUCAAAUAAACCGGCCACCGAAAUCAAUGUGAAAAAACUCAAUGAGAAAUUUGAUACACUUUUGAAACAGUACAAUGCUAAGGAAGUUGGAAUUUGUCCGAUAAAGCAGGAAUUAUACAGUCAAUGUUUUAACGAAGUAAUUAGACAAGUAACGUUGAACUGUACGGAACGAGGUCACAUGUUAAUCCAGAUUCGCGAAGAAAUCCAGAUGACUAUCGAUGCUUAUAAAGAACUGUAUGAAAGCGUCUUAGCAAACGGGAUUAGAAAGUUAUUACGGAAAGCUACUCUAUCCCAUAGAUCAAUAGGCUAUAUUUCAUCUUGA